CGGAACUGAGAACUCUUGUAUUGGUUUCCUGCAAUCUACAGACUGUGUCAUCACUGCUCUUUGUCAAAAACAUUCUCCUUACAAAGUUGAUUUUGAAAGGAAAUCAACUGGAUACUGUUCCCUGCGAAACACUAGCAGUCCUGCCAAGACUGUCAACAAUGGAACUAAUGCGAAACAAAAUAAAAGUUCUCAACUUUGAUGGAUGUUCAAGAUGGCAUAAUUUGAAAGAAAUCAACCUCUUAAAUAACAAGGUGGAAGAAAUUCACCAGAGAGAUUUUCUUCCUCUGCAAAAUGCUACCAUCACAUUUUUGUCACUGGCUUCAAAUAAGAUCAGGAAUUUAUCCAAACGUGCCUUUUAUCAUCUGAACUCAGUACAAAGUCUACAACUACCAGGUAAUCAUAUGACUUCCUUUGAUAUUCAACCUUUUCUAGGUAUGGCUUCCAUCAGGGAAUUGUCAAUCUGCGGCUGUGGAAUUCUUCACCUUCUUCCACUUGGCAAUGCAUCUUAUCACAAUGACAGCUACCCAUCCAUAUACAGUCUUAACAUGGGUUAUAAUUUGAUAGAAAAUGUACCCGCUGAUUCAUACUGGGGUUUUGCAAGACUUCAAAAACUCUUCUUGACUCACAACAAAAUUAGAACUCUCGGUAAUCAGUCAUUGUGCCAGCUCCGAUCACUUACAGAACUGGACAUUUCAAUCAAUAAAAUAGCAUCCUUAAUACCUCACACAUUUGCCUGCUUACCGAGUUUGACAAAGUUGAACGUAUCAGCAAAUUUGAUACAAACUCUUUCACCUCAAUCCUUUGAUGGAAUGCGAUCUAUAAAAUCCAUUUUCUUGUCCAAUAAUAUAAUUUCAGAUUUGAACAGUCAUAAACGACUUUGGACACAUGGGACUCUCGAUAUACUUGAUAUUUCAUAUAAUAGUAUAAAGUUUAUUUCUGAAGGCAUAUUUCAUGGGCUCUCAAAUUUAAAGGAAUUGAAUUUAUCAUUCAAUCAAGUCCACCAUUUUAGUGUCACUGCAUUUGAGGAUCUUCAGAACGUGCAAAGACUAUAUCUGUCAAAUCAGAAGAAUAUAUACCUAAAAGACACCUUUCAGCAACUUCAUACAGUUCUCUUGUUGUGUAUUUCAAAUAGUCUUAUUGAAAUUUCACAGGAUUCAAUAAAGCAAUUUGUCAAUAUGACACAUCUUCAUGAACUACGCAUGGAGAAAGCACAGCUGACCGGCAGUCACUUAUAUGAUGUGGUCAACAAUCAGUCACUCUUUACCGGUCUCCUUGCGUUGAAGAGACUUCGUCUCAAAGACAACUAUUUACACAGCCUGGAUAGCAGGGUGUUCUACAACCUUUCACAACUCUAUCAUCUUGAUAUGACCAACUCGAGGAUUCAGGUGCUGAGGCCUGAAGUGUUCCAUCCUUUGUCCUCCCUUGCACAACUGUACCUCAGUGAUAACAAACUGGUGGAAAUUGCAGGUGACACAUUCCAUGGACUCUCUCUCUUGAAAGUGCUUUACCUCCAAAACAACAGCAUUCGUGGUCUGGAGGCAACAACUUUUGCCCAGAAUCCUAGACUGAAGAACCUCUUUCUUCCUGGAAAUCAAAUCAGUAUCAUCAAACCUGGAACGGUGUUGCCAUCCAAUAUCUCUCUUCGCUUGGAUGUGUCAAGAAAUCCCUUGACCUGUACAUGCUCUUUAUCAUGGUUCAGACAGUGGCUUGACUCAGCCGACAUCAACUUCGAACGUGCAGACCAGACGUUGUGCUCUGGUACUUCAUUGAAGGAAUUAGCUAAUAAACCGAUCCUGUCGUUCAACCCUGAGGAUCAUUGCGGUGUGAACAUCAUUCUCAUUGUAGUUGUCUCUUUCUCAGGUGUACUGGUCGGUAUGAUGGCCAUGCUUGCCUACAACAAACGAUGGUGGCUGAAUCAUAAACUCUUCCUGCUCAAACUUGCUAUCAUUGGUUACGAGGAAAUGGCAGAGGACUUCAACGCUGGCAACUAUCUCCAUCAUCUCAACCUCAUGUUCGAGGAAGCAGAAGAGGAGUGGGUCAAUCAGGUUAUGAAACCUGCACUGGAGGAGAGGUUGCCACAUCUGCAGAACAUCAUUUACGGAGACGAGGACCUUCACCUAGGCAUGUACUACAUCAACGCACUCUAUGAUGCCAUUGACAACAGCUUCAAGACAGUCUUGCUGCUAAGCAACCAGUCUGUCAAUGAUGCCUGGACCAUGACUAAGCUACGUAUGGCACUGGAGCAUGUCAAUGACACAGGAUUAGACAAAGUCAUCUUAAUCUUCGUAGAGGACAUUGAGGAUGAUAACAUGCCGUACCUUGUCAGGUUGUUCCUGAGCAGGAAUAAACCUUAUAUGCUGUGGACAGAUGAUGAAGACCAACAGGAACUAUUCUGGGUUCAGUUUGAGAAGAGCACAAGAGCAAAUAAGGCUAUAAACAAUACCAUUCCCCUGUAA